GAAUCAUCAACCCAUUGAGAUUGGGUACCUCAAUUCGUCAAGAAUCAGCCUCUCAUAAUUUAUCUAUACUUAUUUAAAAUAAUUUAUGACAUUAGCAUCUAGUUGUUUAUCUGCGCUACCAGGGUCCAUCUUGGUCGGCUUCGGGACAUACAUAUCGCUUCGUAACAAAGAAUGUCUGUCAUCAUUCGACUCCAAAACCUACCAAUUUCAGCAAACGCCUCAAAUAUUCGACGCUUUUUCAGCGGGUUAUCCAUUCCUGAAGGGGGCGUGCACAUCGUCGGGGGCACGGAAGGUGACGCAUUUAUUGCCUUUGCUACAGAUGAAGAUGCAAGAAAAGCUAUGCUGCUUGAUCGACAAACAAUCAACGGGGCAUCUGUUCGCCUGUUUCUGAGCAGUAAAGCCGAAAUGCAGUCAAUAAUCGAAUCUGCAAAAACUUCAGCCUUAUUUUCUAGUGGGGGAAAUCCGGUUUUAUCUCAAUCUAUCUCUCAAAAGACUGAAACUAUGCAUGCACUAGAUGUGACAGCUCCUACACUGCCCAGUUCCUUCCCAUCGUACCGUAAUGGAGCCACUCGUGAAUCAUUUGAUGAUUCCUCCAAGCAGUAUCCUUACACCUAUGGCAAAGGUGUAACCUUGGAUCCCCCUCGUGGACAAAUUGAAUCAGCUGAACGUAACAACCCGGACAAAUAUCCCGAAACUUUACCUCCAGAUAGACCUCAUUUUAGUCAGGAUCGAGAUUAUAGUUACAAUAACCAACCUAACAUGCAUUCAAGGUAUGAUGCGAUACGAGACUUCCCACCAAGUAACGACUAUGGUCCAAGAGAUACAUACUUGAAUAACCGAGGUGACUUGGGACAUAGAUCUUAUCGCGAUGAUUACGAUUAUAGUAGGCACCCGCCAUCGAUUACUUCUGAAGACAACUUCGUCCCGAGAGGCAAAGACAAUGAAGGCAAAAGCAGUCCAAGGGACUCUUAUGCUGACCCUUAUUCUGCGCUACACGUCUCGGAUGGUAUGACGUCAGAUUAUGAUAAGUACCGUGCACAAUCUCCUAGAGUAUUCAAUGAUCGGUUCCCUCCACAUGAUAUUCAAUCACGUGAGUUUGGUCAUGGAAAUACCCACCCGUUUCCAUCAGAAUUUAGAAGUGGCCCGGGUCAUCCGCUUGAUCGUGAAACUGCAUGCACUGAUUCUAGGUUGCAAGAGGAACGCGAUUUUUCUGUUAGACCUCCGUGGCUCAACGAUAAUGCACCCGUUUCAGGACCAAAGCGUCCAUUCCAGCAUCAGACUUCAGACUUUGAAGAGUACCCACGAAAACGUCGACCACAACCCUCAUCAUAUACUCGCCCAUCUGACAUAGUGCCUGGAGAAACUGAUUACGUACUAAGAGUUUGUUUGCCCGCCCCAGAAGCUGGAAUAAAGACUGUUUUCGAAGUUUUACGUGGCGUCCAAGUUGUUCCAAAAUGGGGUAUCCGGGUUGAAGAAGAUUUGCUACAACGUCCCACUGGGUAUGUGUUUAUAAUGAUGACAACUCGUGAUUCGUAUGAACGGGCACUCAGUUUUAAUAAUCGUCCUCACAAAGGAGACGUGAUAAAAGUAGUCAAAUGCACUCUAAGUGAAUUUUACAGUGUUAGUGAUACAAACUUUACUUCAAAAUGCCCUCCAGAGGUUGCCAAAAAACUUCCACCACCUGAUCAGUUCUACCCUCCUCAUUACAACGAUGGUUGUCUUGAGCUAGCUGAGCUCCCAUCUGAUACCACCAAGACAGAAGUAGUUCGGUUUUUGGGUGCUCCUGGUCUAACUUGUGAAAAUGUUGUACUGGCUCGGUUCCCUCCAAAUGAUAAGUCUGCACCACGCAGUACCAACUUAACUAGGGCACUAGUUACGCUUCCUUCUGCAGAGGAUAUCAAAAUCCUUCUUUCUGCCAAACCACGGCCAUUUCGACCAGAUGUGGGACUUCCAUCAGUGCGCUUAACACCAAUAUCAAAGUUGCAAGUCACUGCUUAUUCAGCCUUAGCGAUCGGUAGUAAAUCUGAAAGUACUAAAGAAUCUAUCAAACCACCUGUUCCUCGUGAUGUCGAUUCGGAGCCUACUAAACCACCUGGUGGCUUUUUGACAUGUGCUUGUGUCAGUGGGUUUUCUCGCACAGUAAAAGAUUCUGAAGUUCUGAAUCUGUUUCCGUCCAUCCUAAUUCCUGGAGAUGCGGUACGGCUGGCUCCUGAUGCUAAUAUUGCUUUCAUUGAUUUUAUUAGUGAAAACAACUGUCGUCGUGCUGUAAAUGAAGCAUCGACUGAAGGUUCUAAGGCAAAACAGUCACAUCCAUCUCUUCAUAUAGAAGCCAUUUCUCGAGAGGAAAUGCUGAACCGUUUGGGUGCCGAUCCAAAAGAUGAACAACUCAACAUUGACAGACCUGGAAGAUCUCGUGACAGAGAUCCUCGGGAAUCCCGCAUCCAUUGGGAUCAACGCCAGCGUCCGUCACCUUCGAAUCCAUUUGAGAGCCGUCCCCCAAGUGUAGGCAGAGCUAAGUACGAUGACUCUUACUAUGACCGCCCUGCUGUACCUGCCCCUUUUGAUGACCAUCACGACUCCUUCCGUAGGUUCCGCCCGCCUGUGGAUAAUUUACAUUCUAUCCCACCACACCAAUCAGAUAUUUCAUCUGUUCCGAGACAACCUGUUCCUCUUCCACAUCGUCGCCCAGUUCCUGACUUUGUUACAGUUUUUGUCGGAAAUCUUCCACCCGCAUGUACAGUUGAUCAACUAGCUGGAAUAAUGCGGGAUUAUUACUUCGUUCCGGGUUCGAUAAGACUACGCCGUGAUCCUCAAGGGCAGUUUGUUGGUGAAGCGUUAGUUGAUUUCAAAACAAGUUACGAAGCUGAUAGGGCGCUCAGAGGACUAAAUGGAUAUCGAGUAGCCGGUCGACCCUUGGUAUUGCAUUUUGAUCACCGGAAGUAACAGGUAAGAUUUUUAUUUAUUUUAUAUUGUAGGACUACUCGUAAACUUUUUAUGUAAAGUAACUCCUUGCAUUUUUGAAAAUCUUUGUGUAACUUAGUUAUUUUCUGAGAUUUGAAACUAGAAUUUGACUCAAUAUAUCAAUCCCUUGAAUAAGUCCUAGUCUUUUUUCUCAUAUAUGGGUCAAAUCGUACCCAAUGACUAAGUUAGUUUGUACCAAAACAUUUACGUACAUCCUCUCGAUUCAUUAGUAUUUCUAUAUUUUGGGUGUGUUUAUUGUAAGAUCAUUGUUAACAUUUCCUUCAACAUACUCUAAGCCAAUGUUUCCAGAUGAUAUCAAACUACACCAAUUAGUUCACAAAUUGAGAACAUAACUUAUGGUGUAAAUUAACUAUAAAAUCUCGCUUUGUAAGUAUAUUUGAAAGUUAGUCCACCGGUUAACUGCCGGUAUGUUCUGUGAAUACGUUUCUAAGGGAGAUAUCUAGUGUAGGAUUUCCGUGUUCUCAUUAAUGAUCACUUGUAGGAUUUUGAAACAAAUGUUUAUUACCAUCCAAUCGAUUAUCAAUGUUAAGGACGUCUUAACUCUUCAUAUUUGGUGUGUUCGCAUUUUACGAUGGUGAAGUGUAUAUCGUUGACUUUAUUCGUUCAUAGUUCCUGUAAAUUUUGAUAAGUUUGUUCUUGUUUAACUUUCAUAACACGAUGAUAAAGUAUUUGUUACGUCAGUCUGGAUUUCUGGUAAACAUUUCAUAUGAUAUUUGAUUUAGGGGGUCCAACGGAUCGCGAACUUCCCAUAAGUUCCAUUAAAUUUUAAUAUUUGUAUAUAACGUGAGAAUUAUUUAGUACAAUAGGAAGGUAGGGGAUAUGCUAUAAAAAUCAUCUAAAAAGAAAUAGAAACCAUCUAAUUAAGUAGUUCAAGUAAUGUCAUAACCAAGAUAGAUGUCUUCAACUAAAGGUGUGCGUCAUAUCAAAUUUUAAAAUUUGCUAUCGAGAAUUAAUAGUACCGUCACCUACUGUAUUCUAAACCAUUUCACUGAAUCGAGUUAUCUUUGAGGUACUAUCUGGAGUGUUACAGUAACGCACUAACUCAAGCUAUCCUUCACUACACCAUACCAUAGACUUUCUUCCCUCACACUGUCCCAGUGUCAUCGAAUCAAAGGUACGGUAAUAAUCACUGGUAUACAUUCUGCGUGCCAUAGUUAUUAUUCUAAGGAGGUAGGGCUAAUUGAAUUAUGGUCGUUAUUAUUUCUAACUCCAAGUAUUCAGUGCCAACAGUCCUUCGUAAAUAGCGAUCAUAGGUGGUUACUAAAAAUCCUUUACCCGAAGUCAAGUUUUAUUAGCAUGGAUCACAUCACUGUACCACUCAGCUCUUAUGCCUGAAAUAGUUUUGUAAAAUGUUACUGAACUGAGAUAAGAAUCUGACUUUCUCUAUCCGUAGAUUAAUUUAACCAGUCAUGUUAUCAUUAUCACUCACAUGACCCGUUGAUACCAUUUUUAAAAGUGUAUGCAAGAAAAAAAUCUUGACAACCAUGUAAAUCAAUCUGCUGAUAUAUACCUAACCAAACGCCCAUUAUAUGCAUUUUGUAAUCUUUUUUAAGAAAUGAAUAAGACAGUUAUUUCAGAAUGGUAGAUAUUUUGCAGCCAAGAGGCGUAAUAUAGCGGUCGAAGUCACUGUAACGAAGGUGAAUUUGAGCUGCCAAAGUACUCUUUAGUGUUCUGAAUGCAUACAAAAGUUGUGAAUUAACGAACUAUUAUCUCACGUUUUAUUUCACCCAUGCUAGGAUUUUAGCAGCCGGUAGGUGGGAAUAGCUCUCGGCGUCAAUCAAAUGCGUUAUAUUGUGUGCAAUUUGACAAUGAGAUCCAAUCACCAGGUUUCUUGACCGUUAAGUUUUGUAAAAGUUUUCGCUACAGAGAAUUACGCUUCACCGAUGAGCGUCAAAAAAAAAACAUUACGAGUCCUUAAAAACCAAGAGUUGAUAAGUACAGCAUCUCACAGAGUUGCAUACAAUUUUAGCUUACCGUCUUCAACCGACUGUUAGUAAGCCUCAAAUCAACUCCUCUACCCUCAGUACGAUGCUACAAUCAGAAAGAUUGGGCAACGAGCCUUAAUUUACUUUAAGGAAACGCUUAAAAUGACUUGAGAAAAUGGGAAAUUUUGGAUAAUCAUUGUAAUCUCGAAUACAACUCUCGGAUACAUCAUAAGACCGAAAUUCCCAUUAUGCUUGUUACCUGUGUCUGCUUCUUGUUUCUGUCGAAUACUACACGUUAACUCAUAUAUGUGGUUUCAAUGCAGUCACAAGUGUGGAACUUCUAAUCGAAAUGAGAAUCCCGACAACGA